AUGACUAACAACAACUCCUCGAGUGUUGAUCACUUCGCCCGUUUUGCGGAGAUGCUGGAAACACGGUCAUCUGCUGUUUUAGUGGUAGAAGUUGCUUUCUUCAUGGCGAUUACCUUGGCGGCAUUGUUUGGAAAUCUUCUUCUCUGCGGUGUAUUGUUCAAGAACUUCAACUUUCGAAGCAUAACAAACGUAUUGAUAUUAGCUCUGUCCUUGGCCGAUAUUCUUAUGGGAAUUGUUUGUAUGCCACUUACUUGUGGGGCUCUUAUUUAUGGUAGAUGGCCAUAUAGCGACACUGCCUGUACUAUUCAGUGUUUUUCAAUCUACUUCCUAGCUUUUGUGUCGCUUCAAACCAUCGUUUUAACCUCCCUAAACAGAUUUUUCAGAAUCGUAAAACCUGCCAAGUAUAAGCAUUUGUUUACAACGAAAAAAACCGUUGCGGUGUUAGUUGCAGUGUGGAUUUUUACGGCCCUUAUUUUAGUCGUUCCUUUGACGCUAGGGGCUAUGGACGCUGCGUUCAACCCUGCCAAAGCCGCUUGUGUGAUAUUCAAGAAAGGCGCAGCGAUGGAACACAGAAGUUAUCCAGCUAUUUUAAGAGGAUUAUUGCUACUAAUAUUCGCCGUUACUCCCACCGCAGUCAUGGUCAUUUGUUAUUUCAAAAUUUUCCAAGCGGUCGGGGACCACUUCACGCGCGUCGCGCCAAAUUUGGCUCAGAACACAAGACGCAAGUCAAAAGUAAAUUCUCAUGAAAUGCGAAUUACAAGAACUCUUUUUGCUGUGGUUGUCAUGUUCGUGUUGAGCUGGUUGCCUGUUUUUGUGAUCGAGUUCAUCCAGGCUUUUGCCAUUGAUUGGUGGAAUAUACCCCGUGAGGUUCAACUACUCUGGACCUUUUUUGGUAGUUUUAGCAGUGCGGUUAAUCCGCUGGUAUAUGGCUUUACAAAUUCAUCUUAUCGCCGAGAAUAUAAAAGAUUGUUAACAUUCAAAUGGAAAGGAAGGAACACCGAUAACUCGGACAUCAACGAGCAAAGUCGGUCUCCCUCGGUUGCGAUGGCAACUUUAAACCUUGCCACUUUGAAUGAAAAUGAACAUCUGCAGGCGCUAACGAAUCACUAA